AAACAUAAUGCAAAGAUGACAGAGAACACACAGAGAGAGGGAGCUGGGAGAGGGAGCUGGGAGGAGGAUGAGGAUGAUGGUAACAGUACUCUCUCCCACUACUACCCCAAAACACAGCUUCUGAUUGGAUCAGCUUGGACUCCUAAGUUUCUCUGAGGUGUUCUGAGGCUUGUGUGUGACCACUCACCCAGGAAAACUUCACUGCUGAGGACCUCUGUUUGACUACUGGAGCCGACACCACAGAGAAGAAUGGACAGAGAGGGAGGGAAGUAGAACUAACAAUCAUCUCUGAGUGUGUGGGAGACAGAAAUGCAGAGAAUCUUCAUGGAUGGAAUCUCAAACCUGUGGAUAUACAAGUGAGUGUCUGUUGAUAUCGGGAGCCCCAAACAUGAGAAGAUUGCAGUUCAACCACUCUGACGUUUCUGCUGGGGCAGACAAACACCUUUCCUAACAGGCCUGUGCUGCUACCAGGCCUGUGCUGCUGUCGAAGACUUCUGUGAUGAUUUUGACCAGUGGUUAAACUCUGCAAAAAGGAUUACUGGGAUUCUUAAACUGUCACCUUUUACUACAUACUACGUUUGGAAUAAUUCAACUCGCACUGGACCCAUUCCCCAGUGAGGGGAAAUACACAACAGGCUCCACAAUGGCCACCGGACAGUUGAGACAGAAUGGUGGUGUGAGGGACGUGAUCCCAGAGGAUGGCAGUGACAGGGGAGGAAACUGUGGCAUUGCAGGGAAGUUGGCUGGAGACCGGGGCAGGACAGAGUGGAGAAGGCUAAACCUGCCCAAAAGGAGUAAGAGUUUAGACUGGAGUGGAAAUGGGGCUAGCCCUGGCGAGGGGCUCAGAACUGGGCAGCUGAGGUUUUCUGGGAACCUAGGGGGGUCCCCACUUAAACGAGCAGAGAGUUUGGAGAGGAGGGGGGCAGGAGAAAGCAAUGUGUUGUCCAGGGUGAAGGCCUUUAACUCAGUUGGACCAGGGGAAGUGAUGAGCCCCGUUGGGGGGUCAGGGCGUUCCCUUGGUGAAGUGGUGUCCCCUGUGGGUCUAGCGUAUGUGGCUAUAUCUCUGGAGAGGGCCAGUGGGGGCCAGUCCCUCCCCACCAGACUGAGUUCUAGUCCUGGUCCUGGGUCUGGAACCAGAAAACCAGCUGGUGGAUCUCUUGGAUCCUCCAGGGGUCAGAGUAUCUGGGACCGGAUACAGAAGCUCUAUGGGUCUACUGGAACUGAUAAAGCUACGAACAGAGAUGAGGAUGUGAAGGACUCAACCAGAACCAAGCGUCUCUCAGCACCGGUAGGAGACUGGUCUCCAUUGGAGAGGGAUGGGGGAGAUACAGCAGCCAAUCGCAGGAAGUCCACCACAGACUCUGUCUUUGUCUCCCCCCUCUCCUCCCCCUUUUCCUCCCUCCUCAGUGGAUUAUCCAAGGGGGAGAGGAAUGGCCUGCUCUCACACACACCCCUAGUAGAACAGAACACCACACACACACCCCUGGUAGAACAGAACACCACACACACUACACACACACCACAGAGACAUCAGAAUAGUGCAGUCAAGGUGUCUGGUUUGAGCCCCUCACUGUCUCCAGUGUCAGGGUGUACCACACCCACACUCUCAUACAAACCCUCACACACACCCUUAGUGGAGGGGUCAUCAGUGUGCAUUAGGGACCCCUCACUAUCCCCUCCAUUAGAAGACAAACAGGAGAGAGGGGAAAAGGAGGUGACAAACACUGUGGGCAAAACGAGUGGAAGUAGUGAAGACAGACAGGAGAGAGUAAGGGUGGGGAGCAUGGCUCAGGAAAAAGAGAAAUGGACUGAUGUCGAAGGAAAAGGACACAAGAAAAAGGAGAAGCAAGGGAGAGAUCACGCUGAAGUCUUUCUCCCCCAGCACAGACUAUCAGUGACACCCACCAGGGACUCUCAGCCUAUCACAACGUCCGGAGUAGGGGUCACCACAGGGUCAAACCCCCUCCUGACCAAUCAGCUUAAUGGGAAAACGGACACCUAUGACAGGAGCAAGACCCCUGGUAGAGGCGUGGCCAGGGAACAGAGCCUGUCAGAAGAUGUGUUUGAAGCCAACACCCCACAGAGGAUAACAUUACAGAACACAGAAAAUACCAAGUUACCUGGGAAACUGGUAGUGCCCUCUGCAGCCAGUGUGAGGAACAAGAUCCACCAGUUUGAAGCUCUGACACAGACAUCUCAGGUCUCAGUGCCCAACUACCUGAAGCCCAGACGGGCUUUCUCUGUCCCGGAGCAGCUCAGUGAGUCUGGAGAGGGGGUCAGGAAGAGUGGGUUGGAUAGACAGGUACGCGGGGUGGGGGGAGUAUGGGAGAGAGGGAGAGGAGGAAGAGAGGGAGGGAUUGUAAUUAUGGAUGGGGGGAGAGGACGAGGAGAAGGGGUAAGGAAGAGUGUGCCAGAUAAAGCACUUGGUGGAGGGAGAGGAGGUGAGGUAGUGAGAGAAGAGAGGAAGGCUGAUAGAGGGUGGGCGCUGAGGUCUAUGUCAGUCGAUGAGGUGAGGCUGGGGAGCAGGGAGAGAGGGAGAGUAGGGGAGAUGGGAAGAGUAGGUUAUAGAGGUUUAGUACGGGGAGUGGGGGAGAAUGCUGUUGGCUCUGGUACGUUUUCCAACCUCAAGGGUAAACUAGACAUCCCUCUGAAUGGCAAAACCACCAGAGACACUCUGAGAGACUUUUCCAUUGAUGAGCCAGACCUCCCCAAUCACACAGUCACACCCCAGGACUGGAGUAGGAGAGGCACCAACGCAAAGACUACUACAGUCACUGCCAAGGAUACUUCAUCCUCCCAGCUGUCUAACUCUGUGAACAACUCCAAUGACGUUCUAGGUGGCCCUGACCAGUCUAGGAGGCCUCACAGUAGAGACUCACCUAACCUGCCAUCUCCAGUGAGUGAUGACGACAAGACACCAACCAACACCCCCCAGAACUCCCCCUUCCACCCCCAGAACACACCUCCCACCUCCCCACACCUCCCCACUACUUCCCUGCAGCCUAAACACCAACAGAGUGUAGAUUCAGGCCUGGCUGACCUAAAGAACCCUCCAGUCUCCACACACACAGCCCAGGGUAGGGUCACUACUGACCCUGCUAUCCCAGUCUCACACUCUGGCCUGGGGAGGGAUUCCCUGUCCCUUCCCCUCACCUCCUCCUCCCCCAGCAGCCUACCCCUCCUCCCCACUCUGGCUCGAUGGAAGUCAGAGGAGGGGGGAUGGAGUGAUGAGGAUACUGAUGAUGAAGGUACAGAGAAGGACGAGGACUCCACCUACGACUCAGACUCUGCUGAAUCCUCGGUGACCGUCACCAGCGCCAUGAGCCAAUCACAUCGCAGGAGUUUCUCUCUCAGUCUGGCAGAGCUGUGUAACUUCGGAGAGGUGGACUAUGAUCCCCAGUCUUCCUCUGACAGUGAGGAGUGGCCGUCCAGCCGGUCAGCCAGCCGGUCAGCCAGCCUGUCGUCUGACGUGUCGGCAUUGUCCUGUGUGUCUGUCCUGGGCAGUGAUGAGCUGAACCGCCUGCUGGACGACGUAAAGGGCCUGGGGGACACAACGCUGCAGAACUAUGAGGAUGUCCAGGUGGUGGUUCUCCAUAAGGAUGUUGGUGUGGGACUGGGCUUUACCAUGGCAGGAGGAGUGGACCAGAACAAACCUGUCAUUGUCCAUAAGGUGUUCCCGGCAGGGGUGGCUGCUAAGGAGGGAUCCAUCCAGGAGGGAGACAAGGUCCUGUCAAUCAACGGCACAGCGCUGUGUGGCUCCUCCCACUGGGAGGUGCUGAGGACACUAAGGAGGGCACGGACUCAGGGGAUGGGCGUGGUUGUCUUGAGGAGAGGGGGGGUAACAGACCCCCGUAAGGGAAGAACCGUGACUGACAGUCGAGGAGGGACACAGACAGAGCCUGCUAACACUGGUCAGAGGGUGUGUGUGAGGCUGGAGAAGCGCAGCAGAGACCUGGGCUUCAGUCUGGAGGGAGGAGUGGGUUCCAGCCUGGGAGACAAACCCCUCACCGUACAGAAACUCUUCCUAGGUGGACCAGUGAACCAGGUGUCUCCAGGGGACGAGGUGAUGGAGAUCGAGGGUGUGAGCUUGGUGGGCCUGAGGAGGCUGGAGGCCUGGACCUUGAUCAGAACACUGCCCCCUGGGCCAGUGGAUGUGGUACUACACCGUCCUGACAUACCACAGUGACAGGAAGGAAUAUUGAUAUGCACCCUCGAUAUGCUUAUAACAAGGCACUGAAGCAUUGUACUCCUAUGAGGUUGAAGUGAGGGUUGCCAAUCUGAUUUUGGAUAUGUGGUUCGGGUCAACUUCUACCUCAAGUGAGAGGGAUGAUAUGUAUUGCAGCAGUCAUACGAUAACAAAGCACUGAAGAGACCAGUAAACACUGAGGAGAGGGCCUGUCUGUAUAUAGGGUCAACCCAGGGUAUGAAGAGGGAGACAGAGAUCAAUACAGAGGUCAUUUAUUUAAUGUUGUAGAAAUAUGCUGUAUGUUUCUUUAAUACCUAGUCGGCCCAUUGUUUUAUAUGUUUAAAUGUAAGGAGUUUGUAUAUGGCUGUUGUAAUAUAUAUUGUGACUAGAAAGUUAAUAACCGUCCUCUGUCUACUUGCUGUUAAUAAAUCCUACAAUAACCCCA